UAAUAAUUGUAUCAAAUUAAUGCUAAUUUAUCUUAAAUUUGUAGUUUAUGCAAUUUUUUUCAAAAAAAGUCACAAAACCGUUGUUUAGCAUAAUCACUUUUUUGGCUGAUUCUGCUAAUAAAAUAUCGUAAAAUGUUCACAAAAGAGCUCAAUGACAAGUUUAUAUAUAAUCUGAACACAUGCACUAUACUUUUGCUUCUGUUCUUAUAAGCUUUGAUUUGGUCAAAGAUCUAUGAAAAUUCGCAUUUCCACAUCCUUUUCUGGUUCUAAUUUACUCUAUAGUACUUCAAAAUAUUAAGUAAAACAAUUUCAAAUUUGGAAGACUGAAUUUUAUCCCACACAUCGAAAUGGCUAAAGUUACAGUCAAGAGCACUUUGCCUCACCAUAACAUUCUUCUCGAGAAGGUCAAUGAUCUUCCCGUCACCAAUAGUAAUACUAUUGCCAUUGAGCAUACGACGACUCAAUUACUAGCCAAGCCUAAGAAAUUCGGAGAGUUGGAUGAGGCUAAGAUAUUGCAUAAUAGUUGCAUCCCUUUACUAUACCACCACGCUCUAAGAUUCGAGCCACAUACCGAAUUGACUUCCACCGGAGCCCUCUCUUGUUUAUCAGGAGAGAAGACUGGUAGAUCUCCGAUGGACAAGAGGACAGUGUUGGAUGAUAACACCCGUGACAAGGUUUGGUGGGAUUCAGUGAACAUUCCAAUUGAGCCUGAGGCCUUUGAUUCUGUCCGCCGCCGAGCAAUUGACUUCAUUAACAGCACAGAGCGCAUCUAUGUUACCGACGCCUUUGCGGGCUGGGAUCCCGACCACCGUGUGAAGGUGCGAGUGGUUAGCGUUAGAGCUUAUCACGCCAUUUUCAUGCACAACCUACUCAUCGUCCCCACUCAAGAGGAGCUCGCAAAUUUUACCCCCGACUUCACUAUCUACAACGCUGGCCCACAUCAAGCUGACACCACCAUCAAAGGAAUAACCAGUGGCACCUCGAUAUGUAUAAAUUACACAAGCAUGGAGAUGGUGAUAUUGGGAACCGAGUAUGCAGGUGAGAUGAAGAAGGGCGUGUUGACACUGAUGAUGUACCUGUUGCCCCAGAAGGGGUUGUUACCGUUACACUCUUCGUGUAAUGUUGACUCUGAAGGAAACGUCACUCUGUUUUUCGGACUAAGUGGGACUGGUAAGACUACUCUGUCAACUGAGCCAGGUCGACAGCUUGUGGGGGACGACGAACACGUUUGGACUCCGGAAGGUGUAUUCAACGUAGAGGGAGGCUGUUAUGCCAAGUGUAAGGACCUCAGCGCUGAGCGAGAGCCUGAGAUCUUCGAGGCCGUUCGCUUCGGUUCAGUCCUAGAAAAUGUAGUUCUCGACUCUUCUAAGGUGGUUGACUAUGCCGACGUGAGUGUCACAGAAAACACACGCUGCGCAUACCCUCUCCGUCAUAUUCGCAACGUAUGUUUGCCUGCACUUGUCCAGAGACAUCCAAACAACAUCAUUUUCCUCACAUGUGACGCAUUUGGAGCUCUGCCUCCAGUAAGUCUUCUGAAUGUCCACCAGGCCAUUUACCACUUCGUCUCAGGUUACACAACGAAGAUGGUUGGCACUGAAAUCGGAGUCACAAAACCAACUGCAACCUUUUCAGCCUGUUACGCAGGUCCCUUUCUGGCCCUUUCUCCCCUAACCUACGCCAAUCUCCUCUACGAAAAACUGACUUCCACAGGCUCCACCAAUGUAAAGGGCUCCGUGAGGGUUUGGUUGUUGAAUACUGGUUGGAUUGGAGGCAGUUCCGAGUCAGACAAGGGAAUGAGAAUCCCACUCAGAUACUCCAGACGGAUUGUGGAUGCGAUCAACAGAGGUGAAAUUAGCGAGUCCCAGGAUGACUUUGAGCUUUUUCCUUACUUUGGAUUUCUGGUUCCAAAGGAGGUUACCGGAGUUCCUAAGGAAGUUCUGCGUCAGGAACUAAGCUGGGAAGACUCACAGGAACACCUCGAUCAAGUCAAACUUGUUGCUAAAAAGUUUAUCAAAAACUUUAAUCAAUACAGAGCUGAGGCCAAUGAUGAUAUUCUUAAAGGAGAACCAGUAAUUGAUGCUACCGAUUAAUCUCUUCAUCACUUA